CUUCUUCUUCUCCUUCCUUUUUAGGUUUCCGCUUAUUGCUUUCUUUAUACUCUCAGGCGUCAUCUGUUUGUGUGUGUGUAAGCUUCAAUGGCUCAAGGAGGACUCAACAUCUCCAGCGGAAGCCAUAGACCCAAUGGAAAGUUCUCCAAAGACAGCACUAAAGUUGAUUCCUUUUCUAGGAGGCAAAAAAUACUGCAACACAGAAAGUCUCUUCCCAUUGCUUCUGUUGAGAGAAGACUGAUCGAAGAAGUUCGGAACAAUGAUAUUUUGAUUAUUGUUGGUGAGACUGGAAGCGGGAAAACCACACAGCUACCGCAGUUUUUGUUCAAUGCUGGAUUUAGUCGAGAUGGGACGAUUAUUGGGGUCACUCAACCUAGACGUGUGGCUGCAGUCACUGUUGCAAAACGGGUUGCUGAGGAAUGUGGUGUGGAGGUGGGUCAAAAGGUUGGGUAUUCCAUCAGAUUUGAGGAUGUAACUUCUAGCUCAACAAGGAUCAAAUACAUGACGGAUGGACUGCUUCUGAGGGAAGCAUUAUUGGAUCCUUAUCUGUCCAGAUAUUCAGUCAUCAUUGUUGAUGAAGCUCAUGAGAGAACUGUCCACACUGAUGUGUUGCUGGGCCUUCUAAAAAAUGUACAAAUUGCACGGUCCAAAUCUUUCAACUACCACCUAGAUAAUGAAAGUAAAAAGGCAAAGAAUGGCAUGCUGGUGGAGAAGGAAAAAGAUCCUCAGUCUAUCAGUUUUCUUAAGGAAUGCCAAGGAAAGAAAUUUCCUCCACUGAAGUUGAUCAUCAUGUCUGCCAGUUUGGACGCACGUAUAUUCUCUGAGUACUUUGGUGGUGCAAGAGCUGUUCAUAUCCAAGGGCGACAGUUUCCUGUAGAUAUAUUUUAUACUUAUCAUGCUGAACCAGAUUAUUUAGAUGCUGCUUUAAUUACCAUAUUCCAGAUUCAUAUGGAGGAGGGCCCUGGUGAUAUACUUGUAUUUUUGACAGGGCAAGAAGAGAUUGAAUCUGUUGAAAGGCUUGUUAAAGAGCGACUUCAAAAGUUACCUGAAAACAAUAGAAAACUAGUAAUUUUUCCAAUAUUUUCAUCCCUUCCAUCAGAACAGCAAAUGCGAGUUUUUGCACCUAUCCAAGCUGGAUUUCGUAAGGUGAUAUUGGCAACAAAUAUUGCUGAGACAUCUGUGACAAUUCCUGGAAUCAAGUAUGUUAUAGAUCCUGGAUUUGUGAAAGCACGCACUUAUGAUCCAAACAAAGGGUUGGAAUCGUUGGUUGUUGUUCCAAUUUCAAAGGCACAGGCUCUUCAAAGAAGUGGACGUGCUGGGAGAGAAGGACCUGGAAAGUGUUUCCGACUCUACCCAGAGUUUGAAUUUGAGAAGCUUGAGGAUUCAACAAAACCAGAGAUCAAGCGCUGCAACCUUUCUAAUGUCAUUUUGCAACUCAAGGCUAUGGGUGUCGAUGAUAUUAUUGGGUUUGACUUCAUUGAUAAACCUUCAAGGUCGGCUAUUGUUAAAUCAUUGGAGCAGUUGUACUUGCUAGGUGCUUUAACAGAUGAAUGUAAACUGUCAGAUCCAGUUGGAUGUCAAAUGGCUCGGCUUCCUUUAGACCCUGUUUAUUCCAAAGCUCUUGUUCUGGCUAGUGAAUUCAAGUGCUUGGAAGAAAUGUUGAUAACUGUUGCAAUGCUUUCAGUGGAAUCUAUAUUUUAUGCCCCUCGUGAAAAGUUAGAAGAGGCAAGAACUGCAAUGAAAUGCUUUUCAAGUCCAGAGGGGGACCAUCAAACGCUUAUUAAUGUAUAUCGAGCGUCAGAUGAAUUUUUGGAGAAGAGGAAGUUAGGUCUUGGGCAAGAAAAAAUUGAUAAAAUCCUCAGAAAAUGGUGCAAGGAGAAUUUUAUCAAUAGUCGCUCCCUAAGGCAUGCUCGUGAUGUGCACAGUCAAAUUCGAGAACAUGUUGAACAAAUGGGUCUUCGUCUUGAAUCUUGCGGAGAUGACAUGCUUCAGUUUCGCAGAUGCCUUGCAGCUUCCUUUUUUCUCAAUGCAGCUAUAAAGCAGCACGAGGGAACAUACAGGGCUUUCUCCACUGGUCAGGUGGUGCAGAUCCACCCCUCUUCUGUGUUAUUCCGGACAAAACCAGAUUGCAUAGUCUUCAAUGAACUAGUUCAAACUAAUCAUAAAUACGUCCGCAACAUAACCAGAAUUGAUUACCUAUGGUUAACUGAGCUAGCUCCUCAAUACUAUGCCAUGCAGAGUUGAGCUUUUGUGAUAACACUGACAGGAGGAAACCAGCAGGGUUUUCUGAAAUUUCUGAUUACUUUUUGGCCAUUGAUUUGCUGUAUACAAUGAGGAACCUUUCUAAGAAACUGCACUUAUUUACAACAACAAAUUUAUGGCAGGCGCUUUUGUCUUGUACAGAAACUACAUUGGCUGUUGCAGAUCUGCAUCAAAGCUGUUCCAAACCAUGCUGCAACCCCUCUUGCUUGCUUUUUGAAAUCGGCACGAGAUCUUGAUGUGUUGACACAAAGAUGGUUCACGGGGAAGGUUUGAAAUUUUUGACGGAAAUAGGAUUUGGGUGUUCCAUAUACCCUUUAAAAUGAUCCUUUUGUUAAGCAUUCGGAAUGUUCAGACAUUUGGGCUGUAAUGUAACUUAUUUUACAGUGUUUCCCUGUAACCAACCUAAUGUCCAUAAAACUCAUAAGAACACAAAAGACUCUGAAUUUAAUGAACUUUAGUUUUUUUUUUUUUU